CUUAAAAUGGCGGGUGAUACAAAAGUGAAAAUAUGUAAACAACAGCUCAAAUAGCGUCUCGUCAAGGCAAAGAAAUUUAUUAUACUGACACGAAAUGGCCCAGUUGAAUCAGUUGUUAUUGGUUGCAUCCAUUCUAGAAGGUAGACGAUUUCCACGAAGGCCAAAACAUCAAGUGGUAGUUGAAGCAAAAUUUGAUGGCGAAACGCUGUCCACUGACCCAAUUAAUCACACCGAAUCACCUAACUUUACAACUGAGUUGGCGUGGGAGCUAGAUAAAAAGGCACUUCAUCAACACAAACUCCAAAGAACACCAAUAAAACUGCAGUGUUUUGCCAUUGACACCAUUCUUUUGAACAAAGAGAUGGUUGGUUAUGUCAUCCUGGAUUUGAGAUCAGCCCAAACAAAACUCAAGCGACCGCAAUGGUUUCCUCUGUUGAACAGCAAAUAUCAACGUUUGAAACCUGAAUUACAAAUAGUGCUGAGUCUAGAGGACGAAUCAUUGAAAAAAGAACACGAUCUGCCCCAACAACAUUCCACUCCUGAAGGAAGAGGUGCAAUGAUUCCCUUCUCCUUUGAACCAGUUCUUAACGAAGAAAAAGGUUUUUAUCAACUGGGGCCUGAUGACAGCAAAUCCGAGGUUUUCGUUCUUUCUUUGGCAAUUAGCUACGCCGUAAACUUAGCAAAGCUAAUUCCAUCGUCAUUUGUAGUGCCUAAUGGACAGGGAUUUUAUUUCCAAUAUACACUCUUCGGCAAUAAAGUCUCCAGUGAAAUAUUCUGGGAUAUAGUCCAGCCGGAAUUCGCUCCCGAGCGUGCAUCCGUGAGGAUCAAUUCGCAUAUGAAACUGUUGCGGACAUUGCUACAUUCUUUUUCUGGCGUUAAGAUCACUCUAUACUGUGGUGGGCGUCGACUGGGCCAAGCAAAUGUAUCACUUCAAUCUUUGUUACCUCUCGAGAAACCGUUUAUUUCUCCUGCGAAAAUCGAGGCGUUAUUUCCACUUGUUUCUGCCGCUACCGACUCUAAUCCAGCCAGCGGUACUACUGAUAUACCUUCCGUUGGUGUUUCCGUUAUUUUGAAAAGUGAAGAGUCGUUCAAUUCUUCGCCUUUAGACAAACAAGUAGUGGACAAUUCUUCAUGCGAAAGUCACGUGGUGCAGAAAGUGGAAACACUUGGCUAUGAAACACAAGGAAAGAUCUCUGUAGAAGCAAACCUCAAUCCGAACUUAGCUGAGAAAAUUGAUAGCGAAAAAAGUCCAAAGGCAUUGGGCGUCGCACAAAAAGAUCAGCAACCUUCGUUUCACCAUUUUUGUUAUUCGAUUGAUCUUCGCAGUAUCAGUAACCUUCAAGUUACGUCACCUGUGAACUGCUACUUAAAAUACUCAUAUCCAUUCUUCGGAUGCCCGACACCUAUUGUUACCAGUCCUCCUGUGGAAGUGCGCCAACACAUGGAAGUUCCGUUGCCUAAAUCGUUUUGUGCAUUCGAUUUUGCUACGAGUCCAACUAUUCUUAAGGAGACUUUGUUAAGUGUUCCCUUGCUGAUUGAAGUUUAUCAUCGUGACGCUCAAGCGAAGGACGUCUUGCUUGGUAUUGCUAGGGUAACGCUGGGUCAAGUGUUUUCUGCCGAAAAGCUGCACGCUGCCAGGGGAAAGCAGAGCACUUAUGGACAGAUCUUGAGAGUAAAAGUUCACAUAAUGGCGGAAGAUAUAAAACCUGUGGGCGAAUUGAACAUUAUUUUGGGAUUAGAGGAUCUCGGACCCGUGUCACCUGAGCACUUGCAAGCUCAUGUCAACAAACUUGAGCGUCUCCGUGAAGACACACAAAAAGACGAAUCCCCUGUCGAACGUCGGGAAAUAGGCAGUAGAGACAAGCAACGUGCGAAAAUUGAAUCAAGAAGCGACGACCCCAGACAAAUGGCUGAAUAUCAAAUCGCUCUUGAAUUGGAAAUGUGGAAGCAACAACAAGAGGAAUUGUUUACUGCACAGUUGAAGGCGAAAGAGAUGGAAAAAAUCAAAACACUGACAGAAGAAUGGCGAAAACGCGACAAGGAACGAGAGAUUUUGACGAAGAAAAAAAUCGAGGAAUACACGCAACUAGAAGAGACGCUUAAAAAGACAAUAGUUGACAUUGAGAAACGAGAAAAACAGCUGACGGCAAAUGAGAAUGAGAUGAUAAAAACAAGAGAAGAGCAAAGACGAGAACACGAGAGGAAAAUGGUGGAGCUACGUGAAGCGUCGAGACGUAUGAAGGAAGAUUGUGAACAUCAAAUUGAAUUGGAAAGGGCAAGAGUCCAGCAAAUCAAUGAACAAAAACAGGCGAUAAUUCAACAGUUACAUGAUAUGGAGAAGAGGUAUCAGGACAAGGAAAACGAGUUUUUGGCUUUCAAAGAAACGCAGAUGUCUAAACCGGAAGUAAAAAUGGAAGCUGAAUUGAGUCUCUUGCGUGUUGAAAAAGCCGAAUUACAAAGAAAGUUGGAAUGUGGAAACAAAUCAAAGAUUCACUACAAGCAACAAUGGGCCAAAGCGUUGAAAGAACUUGGGAAGGUAAAAGAAAACGAGCAAAUGGCUGCUAGAACAAGGUUGAAACAACAAGAGAAAGAAUUGGAGGAAAUGAAACUUAAAUAUCUCGCCGCUCAAGAAAGAGAGAUAUCAAAUACGGAUCGCCAGGAGCUAGAAAACAUGAAGAACGAGCUAAAUAGAUUAAAAAUCGUUGAACGCACAAAGGAAGAAUCUGUAGCUCGAGAAGAGCGCCUAAAGUUGAAGCAAGAAGAGGGAAUGAUGGCGGCUUGGGAAAGAGAGGAAAAACAACGUAAAGAAGAACUUGAUAGUAAAAUAGCGAAACUCAUCGAGGAACGUGACACUUUACUACAAACGGGAGUUUACACCACUGAAGAUCGAAUUAUAUCCGAACUUGACCGACAAAUACGAGAAGCUAUAGCCCAAAAGACGUGAAGCAGCAUCUUUCCUGUAAGACGGGAAAAGAGUUUCGACGAAGUUUAUCUAAAGUUGUAGAAACUCUUCGCUUUUUCCUACAUGCACACUUAUGGAACUAACAACGUGGCCAACAACAUGAAUGUUCUCUGUUGUCACCAUCUCACUGACGAAAAGUCGUUAUUUGUGGGGUUAAUGUGAAUAAUUUAACUCUUGUUAUUUCGUCUCCAUUUCAUGGCCUACAACGCUUUGGUGUCGAUGGAUCAAACUUAAUAGUUAAAGUAGACAAAGAAGACUCCACUAUGAAACUAUAAUAUGCCAAUUCUGGGUACUCUGAAAAUGGCUAUUAUUACUGGCGCAAAGCAUUAACGCGAGACGCGCUCUUUUUAAGACAUAGAUAUAUUAUUCCAUUCACCCUUUCCAACGAUUGAAACGUUCUUUUUCUUAGCAACUAUGACGUUUCAAUGUGUAUAUAUGAGUGUAUACAAAAGGCAAUGCUUUUGAAAAAUAAACAUAUUUCGUGUCGUUUGGAUUA